GGUCUCCAUUUGGCCAGCGGCUGAAAAAAUGUUCGAGCAUUUCCAGAGAGGAGAUUGUGGCCUCCCUAAUUGCUAGCUCUGGAGAUUCGCAUCAACAAGAGAAGUCAGACUUAUUUAUCAGCCUUCUCUUUACUUCCAUUAGCUAGUCAAGAAAUUUACAGACACAACCAUCACAAGUUUAUAUCAUCCAUCAACUCACGGAUGUGGGGCCUUCCUGAGCAUAGUCAACAGACCAGCUGCUACACCUGUAAAGAAAAACUGGCUCUCCUUCUCCCAGAAUCCACCAGCUGUCCAUAGCACCUCAGGGGUGCAUCAAUUUUCUUCAAGGAAUUCUGCUAUUGCUCUGUCUUUCCCUGUGACUGAGGCCUUUGGCAUUGCAGUAUGCUAUCGGCGGCCUUAAUUACCUUGGCCAGAAGCGGCGGGAACCAGGUGAAGAAGAGAGUGUUGCUAAGCUCCGUCUUCCUGCAGGACAACAGGCAGGUGACUCCUGCCUGCUACAGCUCCACCACCGAGCCCAGGUGUUCUCGAUUUGACCCCGAUGGAAGCGGGCAGCCAGCCACUUGGGACAAUUUUGGGAUCUGGGAUAACCGCAUCGAUGAGCCAAUUCUGCUGCCGCCUAGCAUCAAGUAUGGCAAGCCAAUCCCCAAAAUUAGCCUGGAGAACGUGGGCAGUGCCUCCCUCAUUGGCAAACGGAAAGAAAAUGAAGAUCGGUUUGGGUUCGCACAGCUGACAGAGGAGGUGCUGUACUUUGCAGUAUACGACGGGCACGGGGGACCGGCAGCUGCUGACUUCUGUCACACGCACAUGGAAAAAUGUGUGAUGGAUCUGCUUCCUCAGGAGAAAGACUUGGAAACAGUCCUGACCAUGGCCUUUCUAGAAAUUGAUAAAGCCUUUUCCAGUUAUGCCCACCUGUCUGCUGAUGCAAGCCUCCUGACCUCUGGGACUACUGCCACGGUAGCCUUGUUGCGAGAUGGUAUUGAACUGGUGGUAGCCAGUGUUGGAGACAGCCGGGCUCUUUUGUGUAGAAAAGGAAAACCCAUGAAGCUGACCACUGACCAUACCCCAGAAAGAAAGGAUGAGAAAGAAAGGAUCAAGAAAUGUGGUGGGUUUGUGUCUUGGAAUAGCUUGGGACAGCCCCAUGUAAACGGCAGACUUGCAAUGACGAGGAGUAUUGGAGAUUUGGAUCUUAAACCCAGUGGUGUAAUCGCAGAGCCCGAGACAACGAGGAUUAAGCUCUACCAUGCGGAGGACAGCUUCCUGGUCCUCACCACAGAUGGGAUUAACUUCAUGGUGAAUAGUCAAGAGAUCUGUGACUUUGUCAACCAGUGCCAUGAUCCUAAUGAAGCAGCCCAUGCAGUGACUGAACAGGCUCUACAGUAUGGUACCGAAGACAACAGCACUGCAAUCGUGGUGCCCUUUGGUGCCUGGGGAAAAUACAAGAACUCUGAGAUAAACUUCUCGUUCAGCAGAAGCUUUGCCUCCAGCGGGAGAUGGGCCUGAUUGCCAGCCUGGACUCAGGGUUCCUCUGCUGCAGGUGUCAGCGGGCAUAGCAAGAAACUGGUAAUACCCAGAAGGCCACCUGUCCCUGUGUGUCCCUGUGAACUGAUAGAUCCUAAUGCAGUGUAAGCUUACCAGCCAUGGGCACCAUAAACCCUCAUCACUAUGUGCAACUGUACAUGCUCAGCAUAAGCACCAUGACAAAGCUGUGAAGCCAUUGUGAGUCUCCGCGCUGAGUGGGAGAGGAAGUGAUUUGGUACACUUGAUGAAUGGUAAAUCUAUGUGCUUUGUUUUGUGAUGCUAGAGAGUGAGUCUGGGGCUUUCAAAUCUUUAAGAUUACCAAGCAGAUCUGGUUUCUUUUUAAUGAGUUCGUUCUUUAUUCAGUUGGACAGAUUUUUCUGAAUUUUGACAGCUAGUCAGUGUGUUAUCUUCAAUGUUUCUCUUUUCUUUCUCCCUGUUUAAAACAGUUCUCACUGUUUGGCCCUGCACUCCUUGGUUCAGUCUUCCUACUUCAGUUUCCUGGGUACCUGGGACUCCAGGAUGCUCCCACUUACAAGUGUCUUUUUUGUUUGUUUGUUUGUUUUCUUUUUGAAUGUUUUAGAGACAAACAAGCAUAGAUUUACUAAAGAAAAGUACUCCCAGGAGAUGCAGAAAUUCUAAGGGAGGAAUACCCACAAGUGUUAUUUUUUUAAUAAAUGUUCCAAGGAGUCAAAAUGAAAAACUUUUCUGUUACUGUAUCUUGUACUCUGGACCAUUUAUUAGUAAGCUUAACCCUGCAAACUUCUUCAGACAAAAGGCAGGACUGAAGUGUAUCCGGAUUUGUAAAUAGCCCUCUUGUGUAUUUGAACUCUUUUUAGCCCCUUCCCCAUCCACUCCCAUUUUUCUGCAGUUGAAUGUGCUAUAUAGCUCCAACUGUUCCUUAAUGUCCCAAGGAAAAUGUACAGACUCCUUGAUCAAAACAUGUACAGGGAAACACAGACAGUGUUUCUGUUUGGUGAUGGUGUAUGUAAGUUUGUUGUUGUGUGUUUUGUAAACAGUAUGUUUGUAUCACUUUUUCCGCACAAAGUAAGCUAAUUGGGUCAUUUGUUAGUAAAGAUAAUGUUACAAUGACUCACACUGCUGUAGACAUAGCUUGAAGUUUAUGUCUCCAUUUUCCUCAUUUCUGAGAUUUAUGAGGAAGAAUAAAUCUUUUAGAAAGUGUAUUCAACAUGUCAAUUUGCUAGGUAAAUUAGGAAUGUAAACCUACACUCCUUUUUACCUGCAUAUAAAUUUGCUGUUAAACUGUGAAUCCCUAAAUGUGUAUUUGGAAUUAAUCCAUAGUUUAUUUUCACAAACUGUGUAAACUUGGUAUAUGUGUGGUGCGUGUGUAAAUAUUUUGAAGUAAUAUAACAUUAAAGGGAACAGAUUUAUGGA